AUGUCCCCAUUGCUGCGCGAUGGCGUCAUCCAUUUCGUCAAGCCAGCUUCAUCGCCCGGCCCACACCCCUGGCUCCUAUCCCUAUGCCGACGUGUCCCGUGUGCUCCCCCGUCCGCCGAUGUCUCUGCUGCCGCCUGGCGGUCCGUAGCCGCCGCCGGCUUCGAUGAGAUCGAGCACUCCUCUGGCGUCGCCAUCCCUCGCCCUUCCGAGGAUUGCACCGAACCUUCGUGGCUCAUCGAGGCCGAGCGCAUCCUCUUCGAGACAUCCGCAUUCGCGUCAAAUCUCGAGGGUUCUGCCUUCGAGCGGGCCGAUGACGUCCCGGAUAUCGCCGCGGAUCACGUGUCCCUGCUCGGCUCCACAUCGCCGUCACCAUCUACCCCGCCCGACAAGAGGCGCGAGACGAGCGACGUCAACCGCACCGCCGAGCUCGUCACCAGUGGCGUCUGUGACAUCUCCGGGCCGCCACCUCGCGUCAGCACCGAGUGGUCUGUCCCGAGCCUACACGGAGUCCUCUGGAUUUUCACCGUCCUGCUCGUCGUCGCCACCAUCCCUUUCGCCGUCGCCGUUUCUGGACCGGUCCCUGCGAGCAUGCCGCUGCCCGACGCCAUCUCCAUCGACGUGCCGCUGCCCGACAUCAUCUCCAUCAACGGCGCCUGCCAUUUGGCGCUCACCGGCCCCUCUGCAUCAGCACGGCCUCCAGGAAGGCCGCCAGGAAACCAGCCGUCCAUCAACAACUUCAUCGCCGGCGCCGAGACACGGCGCAACUCAACUUCAAAUUCAACUUCAAAUUCAAAUCUCCCACCCUGCCCCAGCCCAAAACAAAGGCCAACCAACCAGCUGAGGCCUCUGCCCUAA